GGUGGUCUCUAUGGUAUUUUUCUCUCUCUACUUUCUCUCUUGACUGUGUGCAUGGAGACCAGGUGUUUCUCUGCCCGUCUAACUCCUUAACCUUCACACCCUUCGGCCCUAAACGUGCGCACCUUUCCUCGCUCUGUGUUUCUCUCUCGAUUGAUGACAUCGCCCCUGAUUUGGAAGCCCAAGAGAAGGAGAAGACGAGGAGAGCCGCAGCGCAGCCGCAGCAGCCAUGGAGGUUAUGGUGGAGGUGUCUUCGAUCCCGGCGUACGUUGGCGGGAUGACGCAGGAUAAGCAGAGGGAGGAGGAGGUUGGCGGCGGCGGCGUGGUGGGUCGCUUUUCCGGGAAGAGGGACAAAGGGGGGUUUCUGAGCGGAUCGGGGAAGAGGGGCGUCGGAUCGGAGAAGCCGGAGGAGUCGUCGGAGGCUUCUUCGCUCGGUAAUCUCAGCGAUGACGAGGACGACGAGGGGGACGACGUCGUUUCAUCAAGCGGUGGUGGAGGUAACGACGUCGUAUCGGCUAACGCAGGCUUCGCUUCUCUGGGUUCCCUGGAGGACUCUCUUCCCAUCAAGAGGGGGUUGUCGAAUUGUUUCUCGGGAAGAUCAAAGUCGUUUGCGAAUCUAUCAGACGUGAACACGGUGGCGGAUUUGCAGAAGGAAGAGAAUCCAUUCAACAAGAGGAGAAGAACCCUGAUUGCAUACAAGCUGUCGAGAAAAAAUUCAGGUUUCUACAGUUGGCAAAACCCAAAUUCAAUGCCUCUUUUGACCCUCAAAGAAGACCCAAAUCAAGACAACAACUCAUCAGAAGACGAAGAAGAAGACAGAGAACAAAAACUCCAUCAGAGGAAGUUCAAGACCUUCAAAUCAACAAGCUGUUUUUCUCUUGCAGAUCUGUAAAACCACCCAAAAAUAAAUAAAUAAAUUUGGUGUUUUUUGACAAAUUUAAUGUCUUUUUAUGUUGUAUUUCUGAUAUGGAUAUGGGAAUAAUCUAUGUAAAGACAAAAACGCCCUCCCCAUCUUACGAGGCCAAGCGGUUGUAUAAUAGGGGUAACAUUGGCUUUUCAUAUUGGGUGGGAGUGAGAGACGACAAUGAAAAGUGGGUGCCCACUGAGAUUGCCCUUUUUCAA